AUGGCAAGCCCGACCACCGGCUACUCCAUAAACGUGAAUGAUCCCAGCCUGAUUUCGCUGGUCAACAAGCUUCAGGAUGUGUUCUCCACAGUUGGCGUACACAACCCGAUCGAUCUGCCCCAAAUUGCCGUUGUCGGAUCGCAGUCAAGCGGAAAGAGUUCAGUACUAGAGAACAUCGUCGGUCGUGAUUUCUUGCCCCGUGGCUCAGGAAUUGUUACCCGGAGACCUCUCAUUCUGCAGUUGAUCAACAAGGCUGCCAGCACCCAAUCGAACGGCGACGGAAAGUUGGAGACAACGGAUAGCGAGUCCAAUGUUGACGAGUAUGGAGAGUUCCUACACUUGCCCGGCGAGAAGUUCUUUGAUUUCAACAAGAUCCGCGAGGAGAUUGUCCGUGAGACGGAGACCAAGGUCGGCAAAAAUGCCGGAAUUUCGCCAGUUCCCAUCAACCUGCGCAUCUACUCGCCCAACGUUCUCACCCUGACCCUGGUCGAUCUGCCUGGUUUGACCAAGGUCCCCGUCGGAGACCAGCCCAAGGAUAUCGAACGCCAAAUCAAGGAUAUGGUGCUCAAAUAUAUCAGCAAGCCCAAUGCCAUCAUUUUGGCCGUGACCUCGGCCAACCAGGAUCUGGCCAACUCUGACGGUCUGAAGUUGGCCCGUGAGGUGGACCCGGAGGGACAGCGCACUAUCGGUGUGUUGAGUAAGGUUGAUCUGAUGGACGACGGCACCGAUGUGGUGGAUAUUCUCGCUGGACGGAUUAUCCCCUUGCGCCUUGGAUACGUGCCGGUUGUCAACCGUGGUCAGCGUGACAUUGAGAACAAGAAGCUCAUUGCCUACGCUCUGGAGAACGAGAAGAACUUCUUUGAGAACCACAAGGCAUACCGUAACAAGGCCUCGUACUGUGGAACUCCGUACUUGGCCCGGAAGCUGAACCUGAUCCUCAUGAUGCACAUUAAGCAAACCUUGCCCGAUAUUAAGGGUCGCAUUUCCUCCUCCCUUCAGAAGUACACCUCGGAGCUGUCGCAGCUUGGUGACUCGAUGCUUGGCAACAGCGCUAACAUUAUUCUUAACAUCAUUACGGAGUUCAGCAACGAGUACCGUACUGUCCUAGAAGGAAACAACCAGGAGCUAUCUAGCAUUGAAUUGUCGGGUGGUGCUCGUAUCAGCUUCGUGUUCCACGAGCUUUACUCGAACGGUAUCAAGGCCGUUGACCCCUUCGACCAAGUGAAGGACAUCGAUAUCCGCACCAUCCUUUACAACUCAUCUGGUUCAUCUCCAGCACUUUUCGUCGGCACCACUGCUUUUGAGUUGAUUGUCAAGCAACAGAUUAAGCGUCUGGAGGAGCCUAGUGUGAAGUGUAUCUCACUUGUCUUUGACGAGUUGGUUCGCAUCCUCGGUCAACUCCUGACCAAGCAGCUGUUCCGUCGCUAUCCUAUGCUGAAGGAGAAGUUCCAUGCUGUAGUUAUUGCAUUCUUCAAGAAGUGCAUGGAGCCCACCACCAAACUGGUCAAGGAUUUGAUUGCCAUGGAGGCAACCUAUAUCAACACUGGUCAUCCUGACUUCCUUAACGGACACCGCGCUAUGUCCAUUGUGAAUGAGCGCCAGCACGCCGCCAAGCCUACCCAAGUGGACCCCAAGACUGGCAAGCCCUUACCAGCCCGUGCCGCUAGCCCAUCUCUCGAUACUACUGGAGAAGCUAUCAACGGUAGCGGAUUCUUCGGUAGCUUCUGGGCUUCGAAGAACAAGAAGAAGAUGGCUGCCAUGGAAGCGCCGCCGCCCACCCUCAAGGCUUCUGCCAGUCUCUCCGAGCGAGAGGCCACUGAGGUGGAGGUUAUCAAGCUCCUGAUCACCUCUUACUUCAACAUUGUGAAGCGCACCAUGAUCGACAUGGUUCCUAAGGCAGUCAUGUACACCCUGGUGCAAUUUACCAAGGACACAAUGCAGGGCGAGCUCCUUGAGUAUAUGUACCGCAAUAACGAGCUGGACGACCUUCUCAAGGAGAGCGAUUACACCACCCGCCGGCGGAAGGAGUGUCAGCAGAUGGUUGAGAGCCUGUCUCGUGCCAGCGAGAUUGUCAGCCAAGUCCAGUAA